GUUCGCAGCUGUUCUCUGUGUGUGGGUCAGGAGCAGGCAGCGGUGUUCCUCUGCUCUGCUUCUGACUCUGACCGAGAGCUUUGUAUUCUCUGCGUUGCUCCUGGGACAUGCCAUUUGUGGAGGACCCUGCUCAUCUCUGUAAAACCCGCCCGAGGUCAGGUUUAGUCGCCCACGGUUUGGAGCUGCCUCCCGCAGUGAGUGGAGAGGUUCGCGUGGAGCUGCACGUGAGACACAGUGAUCACAGAACAGCUGCGGAGUUUUCCAGUGAUGACGACCUGAUUCAAGAUGUGGCAGAUGACGAGGAUCUAGCUGACCCAAAGAUGUCUGACCUGAGUAAUUUGACUGAUGAUGCUCUGAAGGCCAUGCUGCUGAAAUAUGGAGUCAAGCCUGGACCCAUUGUCGCCUCCACCAGAGCUUUGUAUGAGAGGAAGUUGAAGAAACUGCUUCAGUCGGACGGAUACGGUGGAGCAGAAGACGGCAUGUGGUACUCGGACAGUGAAGAAGAACGUGAAAGACACGAAGACAAAGAAUCGGAACCAGACGAUCAAGAAAUGAUUGAAGCAUCCGAGAGCCAGCAAGGGAGCCGAGAGGUUCACCGGGAACCAGUGGCUGAGAUUUUAAAGGACAUCUUCCCAAACACUAAGGCCUCUCCGACUGGGAUUUAUGCCACCCCUCGAAGACCCAUCAAAGGUGCAGCUCAGAGACCCAUCCAGUACUCGUACCCCGACACUCCUGUCAGUCCUGUAACUGUCCAGGAGAGACGAGACGUCCAGCGCCGUCUUGUUCCUUACUGGAUUCAGAUUUUGGUCUUCUUCAUUGUGAUGGGCAUCCUCUACCUCAUUUAUGUUAAUGUGGAGCCCAGCUGCCCUGUUUUGGCCAUGUUGGAGAGUCUAAACCAGUGGUCAGAUGGUUAGAGUUGCAGUCUUUGAACAGGAUUAAGUUUUAUAUAAACCUUUAUGGAGACUUAAAGUGAGCAUGAUUAUUUGGCAGUGCAAGUUUCAAUGGGCCUUUCUGAGGACGUAUAAGGUAACAAUGCCAUUAGACAAGAAAAUGUUACAUUUUCACUGUAUGACAUUGCUUAAAAACACAUUUGGAACUAAACUACACAUUUGAGUCUUUUAAUAGUCUGUAAUUUUGGUACCUUGAAUCUGUUUCACUGUACUUAUGUUUUUAUAUGUAUUUGUACUUGUUGAAAUAAAGGACAAUUUGCUUCA